AUGCCCUCCUCUACCCAACACAACACCAGCUCGACGCCUCGACCUCGCUCCCGCACCGCCAUGAGCUACCUCCUCUCCUACAUCUCCAAGAUGCUCUGCAUCAGGACGCCGUCCUCGUCGGAGGAGGCGGCGGCGAAGCGUCCGGCGGCCGGCGAGGAGUGCUGCGUCUGCCUCUCGAGGAUCCGCGCCGGCGAGGCCACGCGGCGGCUGCCCUGCGAGCACGCCUUCCACCGGGACUGCGUCGACCGGUGGCUCGCGCUCUGCAAGCGGACCUGCCCGCUCUGCCGGGUGUACGUCGCCGACGGCAACGGCGGCGGAAGGCAGGCCGCGGCCAAGCACGCCGGCGAGGGCGCCCUGGCCGACGACCUCGUCAUCUGGUUCUCCACCAUGCUCGUCCCAGGGUUCUGA